AUGAACAGCUCGGAGGAAGUCAACCUCUACGAGGUCCUUGGCGUUGAGCGCAGCGCGACCAAAGCCGAAAUCAAAAAAGCAUACCACAAGGCCGCAUUAUCCUCGCACCCCGACAAGGUCGCCCCGGAUGAGCGCGAGGAAGCCGAAGUCCGCUUCAAGGCCGUCUCGCAAGCCUACGAGAUCCUGUUCGAUGACGAGAAGCGCGAGGUCUACGACACACACGGCAUGUCGGCCUUUGACGGCAGCCGACCCGGUCCGGGCGGCAUGGGCGGCGACGUCGACCUGGACGACCUGCUGUCGCAGAUGUUCGGCAUGGGCGGAGGCAUGGGUGGUAUGGGCGGCAUGCCCGGGAUGGGAGGAAUGGGCGGCGCUGGCGGCCCGCGUCGGGGGCCGCGCCGGGGCAAGGACGAGGUGCAGGAGUACGAGGUUUCGCUGGAGGAGCUGUACAAGGGCAAGACGACGCGGUUCGCCAGUACCAAGAACGUCAUCUGCGAGACGUGCAAGGGCUCCGGCGGCAAGGACAAGGCGAAGCCGCACGACUGCUCCGUGUGUGGUGGCCAAGGCUCGACGCUUCGCAUUCAGACCAUUGGCGGCAUGCUCAGCCAAGUCACGACCCAGUGCGCCAACUGCAGCGGAACCGGCAAGGUGUUCAAGGACAAGGAAAAGUGCAAGAAGUGCAAGGGCAAGCGCGUCGUCGAGAAGCGCAAGAUCCUCGAGCUCUACAUCCCCCGCGGCGCCCGCGAAGGCGAGCGCAUCGUCCUCGCCGGCGAGGCCGACCAGCAGCCCGACCAGGAGCCCGGCGACAUCGUCUUCGAGCUCGUCGAGAAAGAGCACCCCGUCUUCCGUCGUGCCGGCGCCGACCUGGCCGCCGACCUGCACGUCACCCUCGCCGAGGCCCUGACCGGUUUCCACCGUGUCGUCUUGACCCACCUGGACGGCCACGGCAUCUCUCUCAACGUUAAGCAGCCCCAGGGCAAGAUCCUUCGGCCCGGUGAGGUGCUCAAGGUCCCUGGCAAGGGUAUGCCGGUCAAAAAGAGCGACGCUCACGGUGAUCUGUACCUCGUCGUGCACAUCAAGUUCCCUGAGGACGGAUACAUCCAGGAUGAGGCCGCGCUCAAAAAAAUCAGGGAGCUGCUCCCCGGAGCCGAGCCGGAGAUUAAGGCUGAGGAGGUUGAGGACGUCGACUUUGAGGCUGAUGCCGAUCUGGACAACUUCGGAGCCAACUCGGACGACCCGCGUGCCGCCAACGCAUGGGAGGAUGACGAAGACGACAUGGAGGGUGGCCCUCAGUGCGCCACGCAGUAA